GCCUUAAACUCUUCAUUGUGGUUUUUGAUUCCUUCACUUCAUUCUAUCUCACACCAAAAGAAACCAUGUCUUCCUUCAAAUGCUUCCAUUUCUUCAUCAUCAUUUUGCAAGUCUUUGCUGCAAUACCCAUUUUCUCACUAGCAGAUUCCUCCCUCACCCAAAAUCAGCUCUUCACCAGUUUCCUAGACACUGCCAAGAAACCUGAGCUUUUUGAUUGGAUGCUCACUAUCAGAAGGAAGAUACAUCAGUUUCCUGAAUUGCUCUAUGAAGAAUUUCAGACCAGUGAACUCAUAAGAACAGAAUUGGAUAAUUUGGGCAUCCCCUAUAAGCACCCAGUUGCAGUCACUGGUGUCAUUGGCUUCAUAGGGACUGGAAAUCCACCUUUUGUUGCCUUAAGAGCUGAUAUUGAUGCUCUUCCCAUGCAGGAAAUGGUGGAGUGGGAGCACAUGAGCCAAGUAGAUGGGAAGAUGCACUCAUGUGGUCAUGAUGCUCAUACUACAAUGGUUCUUGGUGCUGCAAAGAUUCUCAAACAGCAUGAAAAUGAGCUAAAAGGAACUGUUGUUCUUGUUUUCCAACCAGCAGAGGAAGGAGGGGCAGGGGCUAAGAGAAUUUUAGAUUCUGGAGCCUUGGAAAAUGUUUCUGCUAUCUUUGGAUUGCAUAUGGCACCUACACCUUUACUUCAAGUAGGUGAAGCGGCUUCCAGAUCUGGUCCUGUUAUGGCAGGAUCUGGUCACUUUGAAGCAAUAAUAAGUGGAAGGGGAGGUCAUGCAGCUAUUCCUCAUUCUACUAUAGACCCGGUGUUGGCGGCUUCCAGUGUGAUUAUUAGCUUACAACAACUUGUUUCUCGCGAGGCUGAUCCUUUGGACUCCGAGGUUGUGACUGUUGCAACAUUUCAAGGAGGUGGUGCAUUCAAUGUUAUUCCAGAUUAUGUCACAAUUGGAGGAACUUUUAGAGCUUUUUCCAGAGAAAGCUUGGAGCACCUGAAACACCGGAUUGAGCAGGUUAUCAUUGGACAAGCUGCUGUGCAUAGGUGCAAUGCCACUGUGAACUUCUUUGAGGAAGUGAGUCCUUUAUAUCCUCCGACUAUAAAUGAUGCUGGAUUGCACGAGCAGUUUCGUGAUGUUGCGCUGAAUUUGCUUGGCGCCGAUAAAGUUCACUUUGACUUGCCUCCAGUCACGGCUUCUGAAGAUUUUUCAUUCUAUCAAGAGGUCAUGCCUGGCUACUUCUUUUUUCUUGGAAUGCAUAAGCCCUCAAAUGAUCCCCGGGCUCAUAUUUUGCACUCACCGCAUCUCUUUAUCAAUGAAGAAGGACUUCCUUAUGGGGCUGCACUUCAUGCAUCAUUAGCUGUCAAUUAUCUUCAAAAAUAUCAGCAAGACGGAUCCACAGUGGAAGGGAAAUAUCGUGAUGAAUUAUAAUUGUUAUUAAUCAUUAUAAGCUUCCAGUCUUAUAAAAUAAGUUAGAAUUUCCACUUGUAAGAGCAUCAUGAUCUCUUGUUGUAAUCCCUUUUAGGAGUGGGAGUAAGGUUGGAGCAUAUAACAUAGCUCUACUUGAGUUGUCAAACUAAAUAAAUAAAGCAGUCUGCGACUUUUUAAA